AUGACGAAAGGUUGGGAGAGUUAUAUUCAUUCUGAAGGCCAAAAGUUUGAGGGUGGGGUUGUUGAGUUUAGGGAUAAGCUGCGUAAAUAUGCGAUAGAAAUUGGCUUUUCAUAUGAGUUUGUUAGAAAUGACAAGAAGAGUAAGAUGAUGGGAUCCAAGGUUGUCAAGUCUAUUAUGGUUGAUAAGAUUCGUGCCAAUCUAAACAAAAAGGCAAUUGAUAUAGCUGAUGAGAUCAAGAGUGAUUAUGGUUUGGAUGUUACUUAUCGAACAAUUUGGUAUGGUACGGAGUUGGCAAAAAUAGCCCUACAUGGUGAUGAAGCUAAUUCUUAUGCUCAGCUAUUUUGGUUCAGUGAGUGUGUUAUGAAGUCAAACCCUGACUCUAAGAUAGUGAUUGAGUUUCAACGAGAAACACACAGAUUUCAGCGUUUGUAUCUAGUUGCUUAUGCUAUUGUGGAUUCUGAAAAUGAGAGUAAUUGGAGAUUUUUCUUGAGGAAUUGGCUGAAGACUGGUUCUUACCUCAAGGAUCAGAUUCCUUACUUGUUUAUGUGUUGUGCUUAUUCUCGCACACCAGAGAUGUAUGAGUUCAACAUGGAAAUCUUGAGGAGUGAAGGCAGUGACAUAGUUGCUCAAUUUCUGGAGGAUCUUCCGAAGGAGAACUGGUGUAUGACUUACUUUAAUGGCGAAAGAUUUGGUGAAAUGACAAACAACUUGGCUGAGUCUUUCAACAAUUGGGUGUUGCCUUUAAAGAGUCUUCCUAUUCUUGAUAUUAAUGAUGGGAUUAGAAUGAAGUCCAUGGCUUGA